AUGGCCUCGAUACUCCCCAUCAAUCCCCAGCCCGCAAAAGCUCUUGAUUCUUCAACAAUGACUGAUGCAAGAGAGUUGACUGCAGAGGUUAGCAGCCUUCCGCAGGAUAUCUACAAAAACCUGCGCGCAACGGAAACCAAGAAAAGGCCCCGUACAGACUUCUUCGAAAGAGUUCAGAAACACAUCACUCUCGACAUGCGUGCAAUCGCCAUCGAUUGGCUCGUGCAAGUUGCAGAAGAACUCGAUCUUGGGCCAGAGACGUUACAUCUGACUGUCAAUUACAUGGAUCGUUAUCUCUCUGGCAACAACAUAAAAUGCCACCAACUCCAAUUACUCGGGGCUACUUGCAUGUUGAUCGCUUCCAAGCAUGAAGAGAGUGAUUUUCCAGAUGUCAAAGAAUUUUGUGAGAAGACUGAUGACAAAUAUUCUAAAGAAGCGGUUUUAGAGAUGGAAAUUGAUGUUUUAAAGCACCUAAGGUUUGAAUUAACAGCUCCGACUGCCAGGUGCUUUAUAAGCGAAUUGGUACAUGUUGCUCGUGGAACAAAACUGAUGGAGUUCCUUGCAAAUUAUAUUUCAGAGCUAUCACUUCUUGAAUACCACAUGCUUCGUUAUUAUCCGUCUAUGAUUGCAGCUGCCUCAGUUUUCCUGGCUAACUACAUGAUUCAGCCGAAGGAGCAUCCUUGGUCCGUGACACUGGCUAAUUACUCACAAUAUCAAUCGCAUGAGUUGUAUGAAUGUGUCAAUGAUCUGAUUAGGAUCUUAUGCCGUGGUGCUGUUACAAACCUUCAUGCAAUUGGGGAGAAAUACAACGCAUCCAAGUACAUGUUUGUUGCCGGCUUCUGCUUUUCACGGAUACCUUCACGGUAUUUCUUUAAUGCAAACAAUUAGGCACAGAAGAAAAGUACUUAGUUAUGUUUUCUAUUAAUUGAUGAUGAAUUUGUUAAAUAUAAAAGAAAAUAAUUUAUGUUAUUGCGAUCUUUUAUAUUUGGUAAUGUAUCUAUGAAUAGUUGGUAGUGCAUAUACCUCCUCCUUUCCUACCUAGUACUAUUUAGACUUUUCUAUCAGGUUUCCUAUCAUCACCUAUAUUAAUG